CAAGGAAUGGAGCUGUAUAGUUUUUGUCACCUCAUCAAUAGGUCAUCAACUAAUGAUUCCAUUCACACACAAUUUGCUUCUUGUUUACUGCUUUCCCUGCUGCAUAUAUACGUAAUCAUCCCUGUUUUUGAAUCUUUUUUAAUUAUCUUCAUUUUUCAGAUAUAUCAAAUCACAUCUAGAAUGGAUUUUCUUGAAUCCCUUGAUGUGCCAUCCUUCUUUAUCUGCCCCAUCUCUCUUCAAAUCAUGAAAGACCCUGUUACCAUCUCCACAGGCAUGACCUUUGAUCGAGAGAGUAUUCAAAAAUGGCUAUUCUCUUACAACCAUAUCACCUGUCCCAUUACAAAACAGCCCCUCUCUGAUUUCUCUCUCAUCCCAAAUUCCAAUCUUCUUCGCUUGAUCCAAUCAUGGCAAUUGCACAACCCAUCUUCAACAAAGUCAGUAGAGCAAAAUCCCAAGCACGAUUCCUGGAGCACUCUUAGCAUGCUUCUUGAAGAGAUCAAACAACCCCAUUUACAGGUAAAAUCUCUUAGAAAGAUCAAGACACUAAUACAUGAUAAUGAUGGUAGUAGGACUUUCGGCCUGGGAGAUAAUGUUUUAUUUUCCUCUGUAGCAUCCCUUGUAGCCAAAUCUGAGUUACCUGCAGGUCAUGGCUCAUCGAUAAUUACAAAUGAAGCAUUGUCUGUGUUGUGUCUUUUGAAGCCAUCUGAUGAGACGUUAAAGAUAGUAUCACAAAAUGGAAAUGGGCUUUUAAUCGGAUCGCUAUGCACAAUUAUGACCAAGUAUUUGUACAACCAGGCAAGAAUUCAAGCUUCUCUUCUACUGAAAUCCAUUUUCAAAGUGGUAGAUGAGAUUUACAAGGCAGGACCUAAAGAAGAAUUCUUUGAGAGUAUGAGUGAGAUAUUAAAGGACCAAAACUCGAAACAUGGAAGCAUGGCUGUCCUAAUCAUUUUAAUGGAAGUGUUGCCAUUUGGGAAAAAUAAAGAGAAAGCUAUAAAGGGGGGAUCAAUUCCAAUCCUCGUUGAAUUGCUGGCUGAGAACAGUGAAAGGAGGACUUGUGAGAUGAUGUUGGUUGUACUGGAAAAGCUUUGCAGGAAAGCUGAAGGGCGUGCGGCUUUUCUGGCCCAUCCAAUAGGCUUGGCAGCUGUGUCAUCAAAGAUUUUGAGGGUUUCUCAUGUUGGAAAUGAUAAAGCAAUCACUUUGUUAUUAUGGGUUGUUAGGUUUUGUAAGAGCAGUGAGGUUGCACAAGAAUUCAUAGAGGUGGGCGGCGUGGCUAAGGUUUUCAUGCUUGUACAAAGUGGAUGUGAUUCAACGACCAAGGACAAAGCCAUGGAAAUUUUAGGGUUUCAUAAAAUCAAGUGGAGCAAGGCUCCUUGUUUUCCAUCUAUCUUGGGAGCUUAAUGACUUAGUCAUAUAUUCCCCUUUUUUUUUCCCUUCAGAACUGUUUAUUUCUUUCUUUUGCUUCUGGUUUCUUGGUCUUCUCAUCAUUUUCUUGUUUCGGGAGAUUUCAUAAAAAGAUUUGUCAUGUAAUUGUAAAUCUUAGAAUGAAAUCUUAUGUACUGUUUUAUUUUCCUUUGGAAGGAUUGAGAAAAAUUUA